AUGUGGACCGCUACCGCUACUGUCAUCACUUCUUUCCUCUUCCAUUUCUGUUUAAUUUCCCUUUCAUCUGCCACUACUGAGUGGUGGGGUGAUCUGAGGGCACAUCUCAACCCUGAUAGAUCCCCAGCUUUCUACGAUGUAACGUAUGAUGAAACUGCUGCUGAGUGUCCUCAAGGUCUGCGUUCCGAUGCUAUACCCGAAUAUGUCUACUUUGGAAUUAUGGUGGCUACAAUGACUGUUAACGAACAUGAGGAAUGCUUAAGAAAAUGUGCUGAGAAGCCUCGUUGCAAAGCUGUCAAUUAUUUCCAUCCAUUUGCUUAUCAAGAGAAAGGGUUCUGUGAAUUACUCUCAGAAACUCAGCACGAUAACCCAAGAUUGAUGCGACCUUUCCGUAAAGCCACAUAUUACGAGAACAUUCGCUGCAAAGAAGAAGACGACGUCGAAGAUACUGACGAAAGCAUCUCUGAACAACCAAUCGAUGUGCGCGAGAGAAAGGAAGAAAUGUCAACCCUUCUCAAGAAACUAUCAACCAAAACAACGAAUCUCAAUUCUGGAUUCAGAGCAGCAUAA